AUGGUGCUGUUUCCAGGACACCACUACUUGGGACCCGGAAGCCACAAGGGCAAGGAUCCCAUUGACGAGGACGACCGCAUCGCCAAGCAUCACGACGAGGCGUACGAGCGAGCCGAGAGCGACGCAGACGUGUUUGCUGCCGACCGAGCCUCGACGAAGGAAUUUUUCCACGACUUUGUCUCGACUGGCAACUGGCACUCUGCCUUGGGAGCAGUCGGUUUGGGUGCGAAGAACGUGGUCGAGGAGCACGUACUAGGCCGCAGCCUCUAUGGAAUGCCCCCAGUCAGAACCGGACGGAAACGUGCAAAUCACGGGGACUCAGAUCCAACAGCACCAAAACGAGUUAACGACGACCCAGGCCCCACCAGCAGUGACGCGGAAAUGUCCUCGGCGGAGGAGCUACAAUCGGAUGCCCCUGCAAGAGCAGCAACCGGGGGAGCAGGCGUUGGAAGUAACCAUCCGUCUUCCUCCGAAUGCGUUCAGCAAAUUUUGCGAGUUCCUCGCGACCACGGAGUGGUCUCAGUAUUCAGUGACAGCAAGAUUGUCACCACCUGGGGCUACUGUAUGCUAAAGACAUCGCUCAAGUACGACAGCGAAAAAACUUUUCCCGGCAUCGUGACGAGCAUGUCGCGCCUACCCGUCGACCGGCCUUACCUGUACAUUCCGCACGGCACUUACCUUAACUUUCCGGCUCACACAAAGGCUCUGCAGUGCUCUGUCAAGGUGACUCCCCACGGCUUGCGAACUCCUUGGAAGACUGGCUCGUCGGUCGUGCAACCAGUCAAUUCGGACAUGCUAGUUUACGGCCUGGCCUCUGUGGGCUUGAACCAUCACAUGGACACGGCCAUGUGCCGCAUAACGCAGGGCACAACACACAACGCAAUGAAACCGGCAAGUAUUCGCCCCUUUAAGGCAGACGACCACGCCGAACUGGCCAAGAGCUACUGGGGUCUGAACAUAGCACCGGGCAUGGAAACGCAACUCAAUGACGAUGCGUCCAACAUCCCUACGAGCAUGGGAGCACCCCGGCACAACUUUGCUUACGACUUUAUACACAUUGAAAAUGCGUCUCCUCGCUUGACCAAGUUCGUAAACCAGUUUCCGUUCAAGGGUCACGUGGGCACUCCAAUUAUCAACUACGAGCACAAGUUUAAAAACGCGUGGCUUCGCAUGGGUCACACGUACAAUGCCGGCAACGAACUACUGACCCACUCGUCACUUGGUCUGCCGUCGGACGUGGUAACUUACAAAACGAGCAACCUGUCUAAUGCGGAAUCGAACACUCAACUCCCGGAAGAAAACACAGUGAUGCGCCUUCGCCCACUCGAUUUUUACAGGCGACACAUCAGGUAUCUGGACACAAUCGAGAAGUCUUGGUACCGCAGAGGUCUCGCACCCAUGGAACUCGACGCGAUUCAACCGAGCCUCGCCUUUGGCAUCAUGGCAGUGUCCAAAUCAAACAAGGACGAUCCCGGCAGCACUGACAAGUUUCAAGACGUCACAGCCUUCUUCCAAGUGGACACGGAACUUGUAGUGCACAGCAGCUUGGACACCAUUGCCGCCGACACGUGGAACCUACAACAACUACUACAAAGCAAAAACAAACUCACCAGCAUCCUGGAGCUCCUCCCUCGCUGUCGUCGUCGUCGCAGCCGACCGCCGACUGUGCUCCUACACUCGAAUCAGCCCCCUUAUAUACAGCCGGCUGUCCUUGGGGACUUGGGCGUUUCCUGCCUGGCUGACCUUGUCUCUCUCACUCGAACUGGUUUUGACUCCGCCCCUGGUGGGUAUAAAAGGCGAGCGCAUCUCGGUCCUCAUCGCAGUCUGCUCCCAGCCGGCAGCCAGGAAGGACCCCAGGAGGACCCCAGGAGGACCAGGAGAACCAGGAGGCUACAACUUUGCAGACACCACUACUUGGGACCCGGAAGCCACAAGGGCAAGGAUCCCAUUGACGAGGACGACCGCAUCGCCAAGCAUCACGACGAGGCGUACGAGCGAGCCGAGAGCGACGCAGACGUGUUUGCUGCCGACCGAGCCUCGACGAAGGAAUUUUUCCACGACUUUGUCUCGACUGGCAACUGGCACUCUGCCUUGGGAGCAGUCGGUUUGGGUGCGAAGAACGUGGUCGAGGAGCACGUACUAGGCCGCAGCCUCUAUGGAAUGCCCCCAGUCAGAACCGGACGGAAACGUGCAAAUCACGGGGACUCAGAUCCAACAGCACCAAAACGAGUUAACGACGACCCAGGCCCCACCAGCAGUGACGCGGAAAUGUCCUCGGCGGAGGAGCUACAAUCGGAUGCCCCUGCAAGAGCAGCAACCGGGGGAGCAGGCGUUGGAAGUAACCAUCCGUCUUCCUCCGAAUGCGUUCAGCAAAUUUUGCGAGUUCCUCGCGACCACGGAGUGGUCUCAGUAUUCAGUGACAGCAAGAUUGUCACCACCUGGGGCUACUGUAUGCUAAAGACAUCGCUCAAGUACGACAGCGAAAAAACUUUUCCCGGCAUCGUGACGAGCAUGUCGCGCCUACCCGUCGACCGGCCUUACCUGUACAUUCCGCACGGCACUUACCUUAACUUUCCGGCUCACACAAAGGCUCUGCAGUGCUCUGUCAAGGUGACUCCCCACGGCUUGCGAACUCCUUGGAAGACUGGCUCGUCGGUCGUGCAACCAGUCAAUUCGGACAUGCUAGUUUACGGCCUGGCCUCUGUGGGCUUGAACCAUCACAUGGACACGGCCAUGUGCCGCAUAACGCAGGGCACAACACACAACGCAAUGAAACCGGCAAGUAUUCGCCCCUUUAAGGCAGACGACCACGCCGAACUGGCCAAGAGCUACUGGGGUCUGAACAUAGCACCGGGCAUGGAAACGCAACUCAAUGACGAUGCGUCCAACAUCCCUACGAGCAUGGGAGCACCCCGGCACAACUUUGCUUACGACUUUAUACACAUUGAAAAUGCGUCUCCUCGCUUGACCAAGUUCGUAAACCAGUUUCCGUUCAAGGGUCACGUGGGCACUCCAAUUAUCAACUACGAGCACAAGUUUAAAAACGCGUGGCUUCGCAUGGGUCACACGUACAAUGCCGGCAACGAACUACUGACCCACUCGUCACUUGGUCUGCCGUCGGACGUGGUAACUUACAAAACGAGCAACCUGUCUAAUGCGGAAUCGAACACUCAACUCCCGGAAGAAAACACAGUGAUGCGCCUUCGCCCGCUCGAUUUUUACAGGCGACACAUCAGGUAUCUGGACACAAUCGAGAAGUCUUGGUACCGCAGAGGUCUCGCACCCAUGGAACUCGACGCGAUUCAACCGAGCCUCGCCUUUGGCAUCAUGGCAGUGUCCAAAUCAAACAAGGACGAUCCCGGCAGCACUGACAAGUUUCAAGACGUCACAGCCUUCUUCCAAGUGGACACGGAACUUGUAGUGCACAGCAGCUUGGACACCAUUGCCGCCGACACGGUAAUGCUACCCUCCAGUGCAGGCCCGUAUCUACGCCACACACACUACAAGAUCAAGUUGCCUUACAACAGCCUGUCACGCCACGGUCGCCCUGCCCACCUGGCAAACACGGAGGAAGACAUCAAAAACUACAUGUUGGAAGUGGAGAAAAUCGCGGCCGAGCAGCGCGGCGAUCCCCGAGAGGACCUGCAGCCACCAGUACGCACCCUACGAUCAGUCUCGGUACCAUUUGCCCCGGAAUAAAAACAACAAUGAACCAGAAUAAAAUUGUUUAUUGUCAUUCUUCAAAAUCUUGU